AACAUUCAGACAUCAUGUCACCAGCUAACGUUGCAGCCUCCUAUGUUGAAACGGAUCCUUCUGGUCGAUAUGGACGUUUGAAAACAGUUGUUGGGAAAGGAGCAAUGAAGACAGUUUACAAGGCAUUUGAUUCAGUUCUAGGAAUUGAAGUGGCUUGGUACCAGGUGAAACUAAACCAUGUUUUCCAAUCCCAUGAAGAACUUACACGCCUUUAUUCAGAGGUUCACAUCUUACAAUCUCUGAAACAUAAAUCACUCAUUAAAUUCUACACUUCAUGGAUUGUCCCUGACCAAUACACAUUAAACUUCAUCACUGAAUUGUUCACUUCUGGAACCCUUAUACAGUAUCGAAAGAGGUAUGAACAGGUUGAUAUGCGAGUUAUCAAAAACUGGGCACGUCAGAUCUUACAAGGCUUGGCUUAUCUUCAUACCCGUGAAACUCCUGUCAUUCAUGGAGAUCUCAAGUGUGAUAACAUCUUUGUUAAUGGUCAUCAUGGUGAAGUCAAGAUAGGUGAUUUUGGGUUAGCCACUUUUCAUCGCGAAUCCCAUCAUAAACAGAGUAUCUUAGGAACACCCGAAUUCAUGGCACCUGAAAUUUACGCAGAGAAAUACAAUGAACUUGUAGACAUCUAUUCCUUCGGCAUGUGUAUGAUAGAAAUGCUCACAUUAGAGAACCCUUAUAGUGAAUGCUCACAUUCUAUUAUCCUAACAAUGAAUGCUCAAAUAUACAAGAAAGUUACUACGGGUAAUCUUCCAAAAGCAUUCUAUCGGAUUGGAAAUGAAGAUGCCCGUCAAUUUGUUGGUAAAUGCUUGGCUGUUUCUUCAAACAGGCCGUCAGCAGUUAACCUAUUGAAUGACCCAUUUCUUGCUAUGAAUGAUCAAGAAAUGGAUGCUUUCAAUUGCAUAACAAAUGUGAGCUCUUCGGUUACAAAUGAAACAGGGCAAGAUAUAUUGAUACCAUUCCAGCUAGUAUCUGUAAGACAUGGAGAGAUGACUAUUACAGUUACAGGGACAAUGAAUCAUACGGAUGGAAGCAUUGAACUUAAAGCUCGAAUCGUGUAUAAUGAUCGUCCAGCUAUAAAUGCAUUCUUCAUGUUUGACAUCAAGAGUGAUAUUGCCAUUAACGUCGCGGUGGAGAUGGUGGAAAAGUUGAAGAUCACAGAUUGGAGGCCGGAAGAAAUUGCCCAUAAAAUUGAUGAUGAGAUUUCGGCUUUGGUUCCUGGCUGGAAGGACUAUGAUCAUCAUCAUGAUUAGCUAGGGGCUGGCUUGGAUUG